AUGAUACUUCACACUCGCAAACUGUUUUCACAACUGGCAAAAACUGCCUUACCAUCAAAUUAUUGUUUUCAACGCCAAUUUUCUUAUAUACGGAACGUUGCCGUCGUAGCACAUGUUGACCACGGUAAAACAACGCUUGUGGAUGGGUUGCUUCGUUGCAGUGGAGAAAACAUCACACAUAGACGUGCUUUGGACAGCCACGCACUGGAGAAGGAAAGGGGAAUCACCAUAUGCUCAAAAGUUACACGAGUGCUGUGGUCAGGUCACACAUUCAACAUUGUAGACACGCCUGGCCACGCGGAUUUCGGCGGCGAGGUGGAACGCAUACUCAACAUUGUGGAUUGCGUAUGUCUGCUGAUAGAUGUCGUAGAAGGACCGAAACCGCAGACCACGUUCGUACUACGAAAGGCUCUUGAGAAUCCAGCUCUAAGGGCUGUUGUAGUGAUGAAUAAAUGCGACCGAGAAUGCAAUAAAACACAAGAGGAUAUCGAAAAUGAAUUGUUUGAAUUGUUUGUUAACUGCGGUGCGUCGGAUGAACAACUUGAAUUCCCGAUUCUCUUUGCAUCGGCAAAAGAAGACUGGGUAUCGCUCUCGUACCCAAUCGACCGGACGAAAGUAUCUGGCGCUUCAUUAAUCCUCGAGUCACUAGCUAUGGUGGCACCGCCUCCAGUGGUAGCACCUCACGCGUAUUUUACGUUGCAAGUAUCACUCCUCGACUUUGACGAAGGUUGUACACUUGUCACGGGCAAGGUAAACAGUGGAAGUCUUCAGAGAGAUGACACGUUACAGUUGAAGGAUUGCACUGGUAAACUGAAAGGACACACGGUGGUUAAGGAUAUAUUUGUUGCAAAACGUGAUGGAAGGGUUAAAUUGGAUGGUAUCGCCCGUGUCGGUGACAUAAUAACAAUCCAAUGUCACAAGGGCACAGCUCCAGACAUCAACGAUACGCUAGGAUCACAAUCUAUGUUUGAACCUUUACCACCAGUUAAAAUAUCUGGGCCCGUUAUUUCUGUUGUUAUUUCGGCAAACACCAGUCCACUGGCUGGUUCCGAUGGUAAACUGCAGACCACUGCUGAGAUCGGAAAGCGUCUAAUAUACGAAGCAAAACGUAACCUCACCAUUCAGGUGGUACCAACUGCUGAUAAGGAUGCAUAUCAUGUAAAUGGUCGCGGAGAACUCCAGAUUGGGGUGUUGCUAGAGAACAUGCGCCGCGAAGGUUUUGAAAUGACCGUAUCUCCGCUCUCAGCCAUCACCACUACUGGUGAAGAUGGUAUUGAGAUGGAGGCACUGCAAGAGUUACUUGUGCUGUGUCCCAGCGAAAUGGCACCAAACGUGGUAGACUUGUUGGCAUCACGGGGAGUAGAGGUGGUCUCAUAUUCAGGUAAGGGGUUGUUGUAUACAAUGCAACAUUGCGCAGACUGUCAGGGGGGAGCCGAGAAAUUCACGCAGAUGGAAUUUAUGGGUACUACAACCCAAUUCCUAGGACUGAUGAUUUCGCUGCGUGAUAUCAUGAGAGGGCGUGGUGAGAUCGCUGUGUCGACCGUUGGCUAUCGGCCUCUUCAGAAAAACAUUCAAACGUCCCGAAAAAAUGGCUCACUCAUAUCAAGUUGCGCCGGUAUCGCAACUCCUUAUGGUCUCGAACCUGCUAUGUCUAAGGGUACUCUUUUCAUAUGCGAGGGUACUCGUGUCUAUGAGGGGAUGGUUAUUGGCGAAUCAAGUACUGAUAAUGACCUACAUCUAAACGUGGUGCGCGUAAAACCUGUCACUGGGAUGCGAAACAAAGGGAGCGAACAAACCAUAAAAAUAGUCUCUAAGCAACUCACUGUGGAACAGGCACUGGCGUUCAUCACCCACGACGAACAGCUAGAGUUGACUCCCAAACGCAUUGCGAUCAGAAAAAAACAACUAAGUAGGCGGUAG